GUUACAAUCAGAGACAGUAUAGCGCUGCUUCGGUUACAACUGGAGGUCCUUUCUGAAUGACCGAGCUAUAGUUGGAAUUUUUUUACUAUUUUUGUCCUCUUCGUGUCGCCGAAGAGAGCCCAUAUUGGUGAAGAUAAACACUGUUACCAAAUGGAUCCACCAGGUCACGAAUAGUCAUUACAACAAGCAGUAUUGGCUACUUUCUAUUUUGGACACUCAGGAUUUAUUUUUCAAUCCAAACUGUUUUUCUUAAACCUGGAUCACAGAGUUGGAGACUACAUUUCUGGGGUGCACAGGACUCUGCAACCCAAUCUACUAUUAGUUAGCUCAUGGCAAUCAACACUGAUAUUGAGGACUGGGGAGUAGUCGGCAGUAAUGAUUCAGGAGAGCGAGCGUGGCUCUUGCAAAGCCCCAGCGUGGACUCUGUACAGCAUCUUGAGUCGGAGAAGAGGGAGAGUAGGGGAGUGUCGUCCUGGGGAGCCGUCUUUAUCGUGGUGAACGCAGCUUUGGGAGCAGGUCUACUCAACUUCCCAGCAGCCUUCAACAUGGCUGGAGGAGUCACGGCAGGAGUGAUGCUCCAAAUGUUUAUGCUGAUCUUCAUCAUCAGUGGGCUAGUGAUUUUAGGCUACUGCUCCCAGGUCAGCAAUGAGAGCACCUAUCAGGAGGUCGUUCGAGCCACCUGUGGAAAAGCCACAGGAGUCUUGUGUGAGGUCGCCAUCGCCAUUUACACCUUUGGCACUUGCAUCGCUUUCUUCAUCGUAAUUGGAGACCAGCUGGACCGCUUGAUUGCUGUGGUGGCUCAUGAAGGGGAUGAUGCCGUCAGCAACUACUGGUACACCGACCGCAAAUUUACCAUCGUUGUCACCGCAGUCCUGGUCAUUCUUCCUUUGUCCAUCCCCAAAGAGAUUGGAUUCCAGAAAUAUGCCAGUGCUCUGAGUGUGAUGGGAACCUGGUAUGUUACCACAGUGGUGAUUAUAAAAUACAUCUGGCCUGAUAAAGAGGUCACGCCAGGAGUUUUUCCCACCAGUUCUGCGUCAUGGACUGCAGUGUUCAAUGCAAUGCCCACCAUAUGCUUUGGUUUCCAGUGCCAUGUCAGUUGCGUGCCCGUGUUCAACAGCAUGAGCAAGAAAGCCAUCAAACCUUGGGGGCUUGUCGUCACUUUCAGCAUGAUUAUCUGCCUCUUUGUUUACACAGGGACAGGUGUCUGUGGUUACCUGACAUUUGGCUCUGUUGUCAGCCAGGAUGUACUGAUGUCAUAUCCUUCUGAUGACAUUGCUGUGGCCAUCGCCAGAGCGUUCAUUGUCGUUUGCGUGGUCACCUCCUACCCUAUUUUACAUUUCUGCGGCAGGGCAGUUAUUGAGGGUCUGUGGUUGCGCUUGCAAGGCGAGCAGGUGGAGGUGUGUGUGUGGCGCGAACAGAGGCGGAGGAUCCUGCAGACGCUCCUGUGGUUCGUCAUCACUCUCGUUCUCGCGCUCUUCAUCCCAGACAUCGGCCGCGUCAUCUCGCUAAUUGGAGGACUGGCGGCCUGCUUUAUCUUUGUCUUUCCAGGUUUGUGUUUGAUGCAAGUCAAACUGUCAGAGACAGAUCGUCGAACUACCAGCUGGCAUGGACAGGUGGUCUUCGGUGUCAUCAUGGUUAUGCUCGGAGCAUUCAUCUUUGGCCUCACUACGACUAACUCCAUCUAUCAGGAUGUCGUCAGCUAAAAGGAUUCGUUUCUCUCCGAGCCGGCAGACGUCGCUGUGGGCUGAAGUGCAGUCUCAAUCCAGUGCUGCUAUCAUGAACUACAAAGCUUCUCAUGCAUGACAGGUUCUUUAAGUCAAGCCAGACCUCCACAUCAUUGCACAUCUGUACUUUAAGACCAGGAGUCAAGCGAAGACACACCAGAAUACCGAGUCAGCCUCGGACACUUUUGUCUUUUGGGUAUCAUGUUGAAAUUUGCAUGUCUAUUUUAAAAUGUUGGUUUUACCCUGCAGCUGAAUGCAGUCAUUCCUCAGCGACUUAUGCUGUAAUUCUGUUCAGGUGAAUCAAUCCUAAAUGGACUUUGUAUUGAAGACCUCACAAUCAAAUAGAUUUUUAGAAUGGAAUCGCACAAAUUUGUAUAUUACAUGUCACAGUGGCAAGAACAAGUGCAGUAAGUCAGAGGAUAAUCUAAUUAUGGUCCAAAUUCAUAAUUGAAAUCAGAGUUACAUACACAUUUUAAUGUUUUAACUUGGUAACAUUUGCCUGAAAUGUUUGACUCUGCUUCCAAGUACCGUACUACAAUAACAAUGUGCAGGACCGCUAACUUGACGCUGUAUAGAUCUGAGGUGCCAUGCAGGACAAGCAGCACCCAUCUGGUGCACAAUGUGAGACUAAAAUUGGUUUGACAAUGUUACUGUGACUGUAUACAAAAUCCUAGCAUUUAAGAAUCCAUUACUGAAAGUGUGUACAAGAUACCACCUGGGUGAACAAUUUAAGUUCUGCAGUAAAUAGAAUGUAGUGUGAAGGCUUAAACCAAAGUCAGAAGUUUUGUCUUGAGCUCCAGUGGCCGAGACUUUUAACACUACAGCAGUUGUAUCUUUUAAAGCAAUAUUUGAGGUUUUGUCUAGGGUCUGACAAGGGACUGUUUUUCUUUUAAAUCACAGAAAUUUUCCAAAGGGAAACCAGGAGUACUGUGUUUUUAUGGCUUGAAUUUUAAACAUUUGUGUCAAAUGCUUUAUGAUUUUUCUCUUUUUGGUGCUGCAGUCUGCUGUUCAUUGGAUGAUAUGAAUAAAUAGCUGCAUUUA